GCGCCGGCAGCCGACGGAGUAGGACGGUGUGGGGCGUAUCGGAACGCUGUGUUAUUGUUCGCACUGAGAAGUAAGUGGCUGAAGUCAUCGCGUCGCAGAGAGUCCGUUCUUUAAUGGCAUAAAUUCUACUAGGAAUCGCCUCGCAUCGCGGUUAAAUGGUAAUAACCGACCAUGUACAACCUGAAUGUGAACGUGAAUCCUAGUCCAAUGGCUGCCGCGGGUCUUCUCGGUGUCGCGGCGGCCGAGGUCACGCCAAGGACACCGGAAAUCGUAAACUCCCUAAUCGCCAUGACCAAUCCCUUCGAGGGUUACACGAACGAGAAGAGCAGGGAUCGUACGGAUUCGACUAGCAGCGGUGAGCCGAGCCCACCGAGUGUUCAGCACACCUGUAGUCAACUCAUUAAAGAAGGAUUGAAGUUGACGUUACAAACGAAAAGGCGGGCUAACGGAAGCGGGGAUGACUCGAAGAAGAGAACGAAAAAGGAGGACGGUAGCGCGGACGACGAGGAGGAGGACGAGGGGAGCAACAACAACAACCGCGGUGGACUGACACCGGAGGAUGAGGAAAGGCGACGAAGGCGGCGGGAGAGGAACAAAAUCGCCGCGACCAAGUGCCGACUGAAGAAGCGCGAGAAGACAGUGAUCCUGGUACAGGAGUCAGAGAUCCUCGAGACACAGAAUCACGACUUGAAGUCGCAAAUCCAAGAGCUAGAGACGCAGAGGCGCAGGCUGGUGGACAUGCUGAGCCUCCAUGGACCGACCUGCCUGAAACAGGGCGGUCCGGAUAACUCUUACCAACAGUUCGCGGAACCCGUGCAUCUGCCUAGUUACCAGGAAAACUUUGUACAACCUCCGCCAGCGUUGAAUCAGCCUCAAAAUUGUGUCACGGAGUACCCGGUGAAGGUGGAAGAGUACGAGGGUGAUUUCUACCGACAAGAGAGCCCCUACGUGCCGACCUCGGAUGCCGGUUGCACAGUUUAGUAGCUUUAUCAGUUAUAAGAAAUUCCUGCCGCGCCAUUUUGGGGAGCAAUCUCCGAGGAGGUUAGGUUUACCGGUUGGAGAAGCUGCGAACACGGCUUUGCCAUAGAUCGGACUCCGUGUGAGGGUAAACGGAAGGUUGUAUGCAUUCCAUGAAGACAUCAGAGAGUGUGAAUAUCGAUAACAAUUGGAGAAUACGUUGUUCGGAAAACGUUUGGAGAGUCUCGUGAAUGUCCUUCUCGUUGGAUCUCCCCUGUCACAUCCCGGUAAGCCAGACUCUCCUAGAUCUCCUUCCCUCCUCUGUUGCAAGUCUGUAGCACGUAAGUUGAUUAUAAUAUCAUAAUUUUUGCGCUCUUCUUUCUCCCUAUCUAUUUUCUUUAACUUUUUAAAGUAAGUUGUUCCCCUACUUCUCUUCUCCUUUCUUUUUUAAUAUGCUCCUUUAUAUUCGAAACGUUCGACGUUAGAACGCUUGAAGA